AAAACAUGGCGGCGCCCAGAGGAGACGGACAGACGACAAACAAAGUGGUAGAAAAAAUGUUUAACAAAGUUCAUGAAACCAACCAGGCUGUGGUUUUAAGCGAUUCUGUGGAGUUACGGGACCGUGUGGCGGACUUCAUGGAGAAGGAGUUCGGCAGCGACCUGAAAGCUCUGAAACAUGUUGGAGAUCUGCUGGAGAAACUGAAGCAAGAAAGACAACAAAUGGAGCAAGAGGUGCUGACUGUGUCGAGUUCUGUGCCUCCUAAAGUUUCUGUGGCUUUGUCUGCUGCUGAGGAGGCCACAUCUUUAGUGGAAAGGCUGCUGGAGAGAGAGAGACUCACCACCAACAUGCUGCAACAGUACCUACAGGAAGCACAGCCUUGGAUGGAACGUCUUGGCCAGACACUUACCCAAGUGGACACCAUAGAGAAACACAUGAAGUACCUUCAGUGCCUUCAACAAAUCGAGGAGCUGAGUGCUGCCGUCCAGCAGUGUCUCAUCACCAGCAGUGUCUGGGAGGCCAUAAAGGCAGUCGAUAGUAUGGCCGCCCUGGACGCUGGACUAAAGCAGUCUGGAUGUUCUCACCUACAGAACUUCUUAAGAGCGACUCUUCAUUUCUGGCACAAAGUCAUCAAGGACCGGCUGUCAAGUGACUUUGAGAAGGUGUUAACCGUUCUUCACUGGCCAAUCAUCUCGCCUCCCACCCAGUCGCUGACACCUGCAGCUAACUCUCAGGAGACCCACAGCCAGCUGGAGCUGCUGGUCACACAGCUUCUGGCUCUGCAGACCUCUGAUGACCUCAUUUCUCAGCGUGGCACGGCCCCUCUUCCUGGACUGUCCUCCACCUUUCCUGGGUCUCUGGCUCCUCCCCUUUGUUUGCCCAUACAGAUCAUGUUGCAGCCGCUCAGCAGGCGGUUCAGAUAUCACUUCUCUGGAAAUCGACAGACCAACUCUCUCAGCAAGCCUGAAUGGUACCUGACACAGGCGCUGAUGUGGAUGGGACACAGCUCAGGCUUCAUGGAAGACCAGAUCCAACCCAUCCUGAACCGAGCUGGUGUCGCCAUCAGUGCACAGGUGGAGCUGUGUCGAGGUCUUUUGUCCCUCGUCCAGGAGAAGGUCAGCAGCGACACUGCCAGGUUGCUGUAUGAUGACGUGCUCUUCUGCCACCUGGUGGAGGAGGUGUUGCAGUUUGAGAAGGAGCUGAGAACCAACCUGUCCUUCCCAGCAGCCCACCCAGGCUUGCUUCACCUACUUCUGGAGGACACAGUCCUUCAAAAAUGGCUUGCUGUUGAGAAGAAGUUGGCAUUGGAGAAGGUGGACACCAUGCUGUCUGCUGAUGGAGCGUGGAGUUCGCAGUACAAAGACAUCAGUGAUAUGGAUGAGUUCAAGGCUCCAGACUGUGCUGAGACCUUCAUGACCCUGCUGCAGGUCAUCACCGAGCGGUAUCGGUCCCUGCCAUGUCCUUCUGCACAGCUCAAGUUCCUGGAACUACAGAAGGAACUGGUGGAUGAUUUCCGCAUCAGACUCACCCAGGUCAUGAAGGAGGAGUCUCGCUGCCCGCUGGGUGCCCGAUACUGCGCCAUUCUGAACGCCGUCAACUACAUUUCCACCAUCCUGGCAGACUGGGGAGACAAUGUGUUUUUCCUGCAGCUCCAGCAGGCAGCAGUAUCGCUUGGCGAGGACUCGGUACUCAGAGGCCUGGGGAUGAUGGAGGUGGGUCGUCUUGCAUCUCUGGAGGGUUCUCUCUUUGAAAGCCUGUUGGCUUUGCUGGAUCGACUGAAAGCAGACAUGAUGGGAAGACUGCUUGAUGGAAUCAUGAGAGAAAUCCGAGAAAAGGCCCGACCGUACUGCCAGGACAGGUGGUUGUCCCUGCCUUCUCAGUAUGACCAGUCCACCAUGUCCCUGUCCAGCUCGGCGUGUCCAAUGAUGCUUUGUGUGAGUGACAGACUGUUGAAUCUCCAUCAGGUCUUAAGUCUUCCUCUGUUCCAGGUGGCCUGGCAGGGCCUGGCUGAGAAGCUCAACAACUUCCUCUACCAAGAUGUGAUCCUGUCCAAUCAUUUCAGUGACAGUGGAGCAGCUCAGCUUCAGUUCGACAUGAGUCGAAACCUCUUUCCUCUGUUCGGUCACUACUGUAAAAGACCUGAGAACUUCUUUAAGCACAUUAAGGAGGCCUGCACCAUUUUGUGUCUUAAUGUGGGUUCGGCUCUUCUGCUGAAGAAUCUCCUUCAGGAGUCGGAGGAAGCACGGAGAGCUGGUGACGGUGGGCCAGAUCCCCCACCUGAGACCGUACUUAAUGAGUUGGGAGUUUACUGCUUGGCGCCCUGUGACGUGUUGUUUCUCCUCAAUCUCAGGGCCUCCUGGCCUGGACAGUAAUGGCUGACACACCCACCCGGGCACGGACAGCUUUUCUGUUUGUCCACGGUUGUGAUGUCUCAGGUCGUCCUGUGGAAGAAACGCAGAACGUGUCCUUUGAAGAGAGACGUUACGGACAGUUUAUUAAUUCCACUGCUACAGCCGUUUACGCGGGUAACGUUGCAAAGUUUAGCUCACGUCCAUGGUUCCUGUGUGUGUGGGGGGGGGGCUUGGUCACAUUAGUGGACUCCC